GGAGAUGCAUAUGUCAGGACGAUUGGUUCAACAUCAACCGACUGGGCGGGGUCAGAGGCCGGACAUAAAUGGGACGGUUCACACGGCACCAAAUUAAUGAAAGAGUCUGGUCUUAGUUUACCGAGAACUCUUAAGGAUAUUUUCGUCCAUCUUGCUGGCAAGAUUGGUGCGGUAUUGAUGAGGGUCAAUCUCGAUUGCCCGGCCGGGUACAUUUGCCGGUACACCACUAGAAGUCUACGUGGAUGUAAGCAACUUCGGAAAUCUUUAGAUGUGUUAGUUGAAAUCAUAAAUGCAAAG